CGGCUCUUCAACAAGAGGCCCAUUCCGUUUUGAACGAGGAGCAUUUUGCAUCUGUGCUGAGCAGAGACUUUUCGCGUUGAGUCAAUCAAUCGAACUUCUUGAAGUUUUAUACUGCUUCAACGCAUCUCCAAAAUGUUCUUCCACGUUAGUUUCGCUUUGGUGUUACUCUCCAGCAGUGCUCUAACAAUAAGGGGUCUGGAGCAAAAGAGGAACAAAAUGUGUGUGUUGGACAUAGAUGAAAAAGGCAAUCUUUACCUCUACAAGUUUGCACUACUCUGCAAGAACGAGAUUAUCAAGCGACUGAUCAAUGGAUCUUAUCAGCUCGCAGAGCCGAGCGACGGACCGAAUACAAUAGGACAAAGCAAAUUAAACCCAGCCUUGAAUUGCAAGGACCUGAAACAGAAAGCGCCAUCACUCGUGUCAGGCGUCUAUUGGAUAGAUCCAGAUGGUGGUUCCCAUGGUAACGCAUUCGAGGCCUACUGCGAUCAACAGACGGACGGUGGGGGCUGGACACUAGUAUGGAGCUACACCUUCACAGCUUACUCGAGUUUCGCGAGUAGUGCAAACGCUGUCACGCCGCGUCCAAGCUGGUCAGCCAGUUCAGCUACCACUCCAGUGUCCACAAUAGUUCCUUUGAGUGAGACAGAUUACGCGGCCACGAACUUUUCCUUGUGGCGCACCAUUGGUAAAGAAUUCCUGAUCAAGAGCAACAUCAACAACUGGAUCGCAUGCAAGGAAGGUACUGGCAGCUUGGUGCAAGAGAAGGCGGGAUCAAUCGCUUGUAAACUGGUUAAACAGGUUUCCAAGCUGUGUGCUGGUGUGGUGCCAAAAUUGUUGACGCUGUACUCCAACGGACCAUAUCUCUCUAGCAGCAGCCUCUACUAUUACUUUGAUGGUAAUGCUGGUAAUGAUUGGCCUACCCAUGAUCCAUGUGGAAAAAACCAACAAAAUCAGUUGAAAGGUGUGGCUAAUCCACACGGAAAUAUUUUUGUUCGUUAAAAGUUCAGUUUUCGUUAAGUUUGGCAUAAGGACAAUGAUUGCUCAAGGGUUUUAAGGGAUAAGGUGCUCACACAAGGCAUGUAUUUGCAAAUAAAACUUCUUCUAGGAGUGAUUGGUUUUAUUAGCGGUAACAUGUUAGUAUCAUGCAUGUUAAUUUGAACUAAAUAGAAAUAUACAACAUUUGUCACAUUGCUUUACUUUUCGUGGAAAACGGCUGAAAAAUUAAUAAAUAUGCGGUUUUGAGGGAAUUUAGAGUUUGAAUUGAUUGUAGCCCUUAUUUUAAGUUUAUAUAUUCCUUUCCCUCUAUGGACUUAUGCUCAGAUUUCAAAGGCUAAAUGCUAUGGGUUGAGUGAUGUUAUAUCUCUUGCGAAACGAAAUGCUACACUGUUCUAAAUCUGAAUUGAUCCUAAAUUAGAGACAAAGAAUCUCUUACGCUCUGUAUGUAGACGAGAGAAUUUCUCUCGUUCAGGUUGGAGAUUUAGUAAAAUCACGCUGCUUGCAAAAAUGGAAAAAUUGCAAGAAACUUUGAUUGAAAAUACAUCUAAACAACAAAGAGCAUUCAACG